AUGCCUGAAGCAUUCAUGCCACGAUGCGAUGUUGAUUUCACUAUGCCGCUGGCUACAGUAUCAAAUACAGUAGUACGAUCGGUGUCAGUUGAACAGCACGAGGACUCAGACCGAGUGGAGAAGUUCGUUCGAUACGUUGCCAAGUGCCAGUACAAGGUGGAAAUCGACUAUGUGCAGUGCGCUGAUCUAGAAGUUGACACUAUGGAUCCAACGACGAAUCCCGAUGAAGCGAUGGCCACCGUGCCCGAGUUGCACCAACCAGCCUUCCAACCUGCUGAGAUCGAGCAAGUUCACGAGGGAUAUCGAAUCGAGUUCAACGAUGCUGAGAUAGGUCGAACUCAACGUGAUGAGGAUUCGAGCUCAGAUGACGACGAUGACAAAAGUCAUAAAAUGCCAAUCAUUCAAAUAGACAUGAAGAAUUAUGGAUAUUAG